AUGGCCAAGCCAUUGCCAGUCGCGUCCUCAGGCGCUCCUGGAACAUCCAAAUCUACAAUCGUUCGUCGGCAGCACAUCCCAGAGCACCCUUAUCCAUCUCGCCAUCGCAGGAAUCCUUCUCCGAAAUCGCCCUCGUCCCUUUUUGCCCCAUCAUCUGGCCUACUUGUGCUUCUCGCCUCUGUCGCCUCUGCAUCCACCGUCAGCGGUAGUCCUGCCCCUCCGUCCUUUCUCUGCCCGUCAAUAGACUCUGAAGACACUGUGGAUGCACCCCGCGAACGAAGAGCACUCCCAUCAUCCUCGGUCACCGUCACGCCGACGCCGUCAGCAGCCUACAAUAUUUUACUGCCCAGACAUGUGCCAGAUCAGUAUCGCCAGGGCCCCGACGGGAUUUGGAGGAGGUUGGGAACAUAUACUCUCUACGGAUCGACUGUGUCGGCGUGCGACGGGAUAUGUCGCCAGCCAACGAAUGCUGUAUCAGCCGUCGACGACCAGAUACAAGUCUCCGGUAAUACCAACAAAUCCGACUCUACUACCUACGACCAGUUAGAUGAUAUUCGUGACUCCCUACCGCCUGGGUGGAAGCCAACCAGGACAAGCGAAAAUCGCACUCCCCUCAUUCUUGCCGUCUCCCUCGUUCUUGCAUUCCUCAUAUGCUCUUUUAUCAUUGGAUGCCUGUUUUGGCGGAAGACUGUCAAGAAAAACCAUAGGAGUUAUGACGUGGAGGCAAAGGCAAGGCGGAAAAGGUCUGCGAUUAGUGUGGAAAGCCUUGUCGCGGAGAAAGAGCACAAGACCAAGCAGAAAAUAUGGGCCAGGGCUACCGCGCGGUGGAAAGCCAACGUCAGAUAUACCGCGCGUCAGCGAAGGGGCAGACGUUUUGGUUCUCGUGCAUCUAUUGCCAACCAAUCUACCCUCAGCCUCGAUCGCUCUCGCAGCCGUUUAGCAGGAUCUAACUCGUCGAUUCGGUCGACGGCAUCGUCUCGCAGGUCUUCUACAUCAUCUAUUCGCAGUCAACUACACGACGAAGAUGCUAUUCCAACAUCGCCCACGUCGGCGCAGGUAUCCAAUUCCCGGCCUUCAUCACCAGCCCAACCCACUAUCAACAAUCCUCCUGCCUAUCAACAUCGUAGUCAAAUUCCUCCUAUUAUCAUUUCAUCGGAUGAUCCAACAGGCGGUGAAUAUCCAACAAGUACUCCACAGUUUGGUCGUUCAAGGAGGCCAUCCCAUUCAUCGAACUAUUCCGCCUCGGCGGCUAUCACUAACGAUGGCCAUGUGGUAGAACUAUCACCCACUCAUCUGCAUGCAGCCCAUGUUGCCACCGAUGAUAAAUCUCUACUUGCUCGUUUGCAGGACCUUGCAAGCGCUCCACCAACAGACGACAGUUUGCCGUCUGCGGGGACAUCCGAAAUACAGGUUUCAGCUCCCGAGUGGCAAGAUGAUGAUAUUGAGGCUUUUGCGCCCGAACUGACUACAUCCCCUGGCCAAUCAUCAACCUCGCCAUCAAUGUUUCCCCCACCACCCUCAAAAGGAGUUCUGGCCGCGUCAGAAUUCUACACCCACCCUUACUCAUUCGAGGAGAUGGAAGAUCUGGAUGCUGAAUGCGGGCCCUCAGCACCUCCAUUUGAGGAAGGCGCAUCGCCUCCUUUGCAGGACACCCAUCUUCUAGUUCCAUCUGCCCCUCCGCUUUUAGGGGAGGAUGACCAUAUCCACGAUAUGUGUCCUAGUGCACCCGAGUGGGAUGAUUCUAGCCCGGCACUCGACUCCUGCGAAGAAUGUAUUGCCGGGCAGGACCACGACCGGAUACCCACUGAAUUGACAGCUCCUCAUCCGUCAGAGCCUCCACCACCGCGCGCACCCACGCCUUCUAUUGGAUCAUCCACACCUCAUCCCACUGCCAAUGAUAAUAUAGCCCUUCCUGACAUUGCAACAUCAUGGAGAGGAGUCGUCCGUGUUUUCCGCGACGAACCUCAUUUAGCUGAGAUCACGUGCUAUCAUUUUUUUGCAAACGCGAUCGAACUCUGCAAGAGCUUUUGGAAAAACAAAACGCUCUACUCGCGCUUCCCAACCUAUUUCAUCGGCGAAUCGCACACGAUGGGCAAAUCACAAAAGAAAAAAACGAUGCGAAGGCACAACCCUAUGCGUGUACCUGAUUCGCAUCUACCGCACGGGCUCGCAUCUGCAUCACAGUCCUCGUCCAGGUCGAAUGAGAUCUUACCCAUCAUGCAGAAGAUGGAAAGCGCAGAGGCUUCGGAGCGCAAAUGGGCCUGUGUAGCAGUUUCUAAUCUUAUACAGAAUGAUCCAUCUACUAGGAGAUUACUGCAGGGCAAAAAUAUUGUUGGUGCCUUGAUCACCAGGCUCACGGAUAGCGAGGAGGAAGUCGUCGUUGAAGCUGCAGGUGCUUUGAGAAAUUUAUGCAUUGACGGUGGCUACGAUAUCUGCGCCGAGAUGUACAACAAAAAUAUCCUCACACCCUUGAAAUCGUUUAUACCAAAGAUUUCCGACACACUUUCCCAAUUUCUUGCUGAUCCCAAGGCUUCAACUGAGGCUAUUCGAAGGAUUGUUUAUGACUUUGCUGACAAUGUCAUUACUACGCUGUGGUGUCUUUCAGAGACAUCAAAUAAGGCUUUGAAUGCAAUUAAUGAUAUCCGCCUUGCCCCAUUUUUAAUGUCUUUCCUCGGUGCACAUGAUAAACUCCCUCUAGGACCUGUGACCGCAGCCGCACAGUGUUUGUAUGUCCUCACGGACGACAAUUACCCUACCAUCUCCGAUAUCAGAGCUGAUGCAGGCUAUAUCUCGUGUCUUCUCUCUUUGGCUCGUCAAGAAGUGGCUGGAGCGGUCAUACCCAAGACUGACCCCAAGUCCGUUACGCUCGCCGUUCUCGCCGCUGGCACUCUGCGCAACAUCCUGCCUAUUCCACCUCCGUCUGCAGCUUCGUUCGUUGACAUUGACAAGGAUGUCGUGCUACCCCUAUUGUUGCCGGUGAUAUCGUCAAUUUCGUUGCCAGAUACGUCCAAUGCCGUACAAGAGCUUGUGCAACGGCAGGCUACAGAACCCCAGAUACAGAAUCUCUCGCUGAAUCAUACACCAAAAUCAGAUCAUAAAUCUGAAGCUGAAAAGGAGCUUGAGCUCUUGGAAUCGAAACUACGAACAGUGCAACUUGCACUUGAAAUCCUGACCGGGACUUGUGCGACUCUUCCUGACCCAGAACCCGACGUCGCCGCAAAUGAGGAAGAAGGCGAUGAGGAAGGUGAUGAAGUCAUAGAAGACCUGGAAGAUGCAAGUGAAGACGCCAUUGAUGUCGAUAUGAAUAUGGAUGAGACAGAGGGCGCCUCUCCCGAAAAAUCCAGCCCGGCCUUUUUGACGACCCUUGUAGUUCCUCUGCUCGCACUUGUGCAACCUACGGCUCUUUCAUUCCCUCCCCUUGCGUCUCCUUCUAUACACCCCCCUACAACAUCCGCUCUGAGCGCCGUGCACAUCUGCGCAUUGGAAUGCCUCAACAACGUCUUCUUAUCCCUUACUACGUCCCCGAACCCUAGCGUCACGUCGGAUAUCAAGAGCGGAAUCACAGUUUGGAAUGGAAUCUGGUCUGCUCUAGGCCUCGUCGGUACUGAGACGGGUUUGGGUCAGGAGCGACGCCAGCAGAUGUGGGAAGUUUCUGUUGGCGUUCUCUGGGGUAUUGGGCGCGUUUGGCUUGGGUCUUUGCCAGCAGACAAUGAGCAAGUCAGUGUUCUAAUUCAGCUGUGCACUGCGACGACCGAUGCACGUCUUAAAGUGAAAUGCAUCGGUACGCUAGAGUGCAUUGCGCAGAAUCCUUCCGCAAUCGAAGCAAACCGGGUCAUCUCCGAUUACUUACUUUCUAUUCUUCCUACCUCUGGCAAACCUUCGGCGGUGGAUGCAGAACCCAUCGUACAGGCCGCAUCGUCGCUCAUCGACAUCUUCUCUGAUGAGACACGGCCCUACGACGUGAAUUUCCGUCAAGGGCAAUACCUUCAACGACUAGCAGCGAGCGUAGGCAGCUUAAAGGCCGUUGUGAGAGCCAUUGACAGGCGGAAAGAGGGGGGUAGAGAACUCAGGCGUCGGGGUGAUGAGGUCCAGGAAAAUUUAGUCGAUUUUAUCCAGUACCGGAAAGAGCUGCGACUCUAA